AAGCAAACAGUCGUGGCCGUAACGCCAACCAACGUAUACGUGACAGUGUUUGGAUGUGGGGGGGUUUAUGAAUCUCACUCGACUUUCUUCGGUCAUCCCUACCACACUGCAAUCGCGUCGAUGUUGCAAUGUUGCCGUGAGCGCAGCGGAAAGUCCAAGGAGCUGUGGCACAGUGUGACAUUUCUGCAUAGUUCGCACAAAUUAAAAUACCGCGACUUGUCGCAAAAUUUCGCGCGUUGCACGUAUGCGCUCGCGCGUGCGCGUGAUUCUGCACAUAACACCCGCUUGCGCUCGCGCGUCCGACACGAAUGUUCCUGCCGUCGUCGCUGCUACUGCAUUGUAAUCCCGAAAUAGGAUCAAGGAUAACGACGUCGUAGAUUUUUUUCGCGCUGCGGCGCCGUGCAAAAGUCAAGAAACCGGUCCGUUGUGCUUAAAGAUUCUGCUUUGAAGAAACUUUUCAAAUAAACAAACAACUUGCACAAUGGCUUUUUUCGUGGCAAGUGUCAAAGUCACCAGUUCUUUUCAUUAUAUAUGCACUUGUGCCGCAAGAACACUGACUACGAGCGCAAUGCCGAGUCCUAAGGAUGAGGCAAAAGAAGUGAUUGUCAAUUAUUUGGAUGGGAAAGAUAACGGUAUUGCUGUAUUAGGAUUGAAUAGACCUGCCGCUCGUAACUCCUUUGGGAAAACUUUAAUUUCUCAGUUGAAUGAAGCGCUAACUUCCAUCAGGCAGAACAACAAGCUGAGAGUGCUAAUUAUACGUAGUCUGGUCCCAAAAGUAUUUUGCGCAGGGGCGGACUUGCGAGAGAGAUUGAAGAUGGAUAGUUCAGAAGUGCCGCAAUUCGUGUCCAUUUUGAGAAAUCUUGUCACUGACAUCGAAGUCCUGCCAACUCCGGUCAUAUCAGCUAUCGACGGCGUGGCGCUGGGUGGAGGAUUAGAGCUUGCAUUGGCGACUGACAUCAGGGUUGCCUCUUCAGAAGCCAAAAUGGGCCUUGUAGAAACAAAAUUAGCGAUAAUACCAGGAGCCGGUGGAACGCAGAGACUGCCGAGGGCAGUCGGAAUAGCCAAAGCAAAGGAAUUGAUUUACACAGCACGGAUCCUCGACGGUGAACAGGCAAUGCAAAUAGGUCUCGUAAAUAAAGUGGUCCCGCAAAAUAAAACCGGCGACGCUGCUUACCAAGCGGCUCUCUCUAUCGCGAGAGAAAUCUUGCCUAAUGGACCCAUUGGUGUUAGAUUGGCGAAAGUGGCUGUUUCUAAAGGUAUGGAGAUGUCUCUAGAAGAUGGUUUGAAGAUCGAGAAACAAUGUUACAACCAACUCGUGGAUACAAAGGACAGAACCGAAGGACUUGCCGCUUUUGUGGCGAAGCGUGUACCUAUUUAUCAAGGAGCAUGAAUAUUUAUGGCAUUUUUGCAACAAUGGCUUAAUUC